CAGUAGAGCACGAAGGGCCACUCUGCUGCAGGCUUCUGGACGGCAGUUCCCCUCACGCUGAGGUUCCCGGCCUCUGGAGCAGCUCAGGCUCAAGCUUCUGCACCAUGAGUCCCAGACCCAGCAGCACCUCCUCCUGUACCAGCGCCAGCCCGCUUCGUGUCCUGCAGGUGCUGCUUCUGUCACUGCUCCUGACCCCGCUGGCCUCCUCCACCGUCGGAGAAUGGGAGAGGAACUUAGAGGAAGCCGAAGCUCUAAGUCCAGGCAAUGAGCGGUACACUGAACUUCGCUGCAUGUGUGUGAAUACUAUCUCUGGCAUUCACCCCAGCAACAUCCAAAAUUUGGAGGUGAUCAGGGCAGGACCCCACUGCGCCCAAGUCGAAGUGAUAGCCACACUGAAGAAUGAGAAGAAAAUCUGCCUGGACCCAGAAGCUCCAAAAAUCAAGAAGAUAAUCCAGAAAAUUUUGGAAAGUGGUGGGUCAGCAGCUUGAUAUGUUCACUUUCUUUCAAACCUUUUUAUCUCCCAGGAAGGGUAGGAAUUUGAAGUAUUGACUUUGUAGAGUUCUUAUUUAUCCAGCACCCGUAUUCAUACUGUGUUAAACUUUGGAUAUGUUCCCCACUCUGUCUCAAAAGUCACAUUUUAUCCCCAGAAUGUGGGUUAAUAGAUAACAGAGAGAGAAGAUGAAAGUAAGCAAGCCUAGUUUUAAAAUAUAAUACGCGGUUCACUCCCUAAUUCUUGGCUAAAGAUGGUACUGUGCUUUGCGUUUCUUCAAAAAUUUCUUUCCAAAUACAUUUGUGUUAACUUAUCUUGCUUUACUUUACUAUUAAACUAGAUAUGCCAUCAUGAUCAACAGAUUCCAUAAUGGUUGAUGAUACUAGAAAUCACACAGCCCAUCAUAGAACACUUGCUCAAUAAAUGUUUGUUAAUAUAUUUAGGGACUUAAGAGUGUUUCAUUGUCUUAGUCUUAGGAUGUCUUGUUGCAAAGCAUUCUCUGAAAGAUUUUUCAAAUGUUCAUUUUAGGCUUCAAACCCUAAAAAUAAUAAAACUGUAGGAUGUA